UGCUGCUGCUGAGUCGAGAUAAAGAGCUCAACAUGGGAAACUGGAUUAUAAACAAUGGACUUACAUCCUUCAUACUGGUGGUCUGGAUGGGCAUCAACAUCUUCCUUUUCGUCUGGUAUUACUUCUACUACGACUUGAGGGAUGAUUUUUUCUACACGCGUCAUCUUUUAGGGUCUGCCUUGGCCUGGGCCAGAGCUCCUGCAGCUGUCCUCAACUUUAACUGCCUGCUGAUCCUCCUUCCUGUGUGCAGGAACCUGCUGUCUCUGCUCCGAGGCUCCUUUGUGUGUUGCGGCAGAACAAUGAGGAAACAACUGGACCAUAAUCUGAGUUUCCACAAGCUUGUUGCGUACAUGAUCGCCCUGAUGACAGCCGUUCACAUGAUCGCCCAUCUGUUGAACGUGGAGUGGUACAACAACAGCAGACGAGGAGUUUAUGAUAAACUCAGCGAUGCUCUGUCAAACCUGGAGGACACAGACAACACCACCUACCUGAACCCAAUCCGCACAACACACAUUGAUGCGCAGCAGACUCCGACCUACUUCGUCUUCACCACCAUCGCUGGCCUCACAGGCGUCAUCAUCACUCUGGCGCUCAUCCUCAUCAUCACUUCCUCCAUGGAGGUCAUCAGACGCAGCUACUUCGAGGUCUUCUGGUACACCCACCACCUCUUCAUCAUCUUCUUCGCCGGUCUUGUGUUUCAUGGAGCCGGGUUCAUUGUGAGGAGGCAACAAACAACAACUCCACCUCACAACAUCACCUUGUGUAAAGACCGCAGUGACGACUGGGGAAAGAUUCCUGAGUGUCCCCUCCCUCAGUUUUCAGGAGGACCCGCAGCGACCUGGUGGUGGGUGAUCGGUCCAAUGAUCCUCUACGUCUGUGAACGUCUGCUGCGUUUCAUUCGCUACAUGCAGUCAGUCGGCUACAGAAAGAUCGUGAUGCAUCCGUCCAAGGUGCUGGAGCUGCAGCUGGUGAAGGACGGUUUCAAAAUGGAGGUGGGUCAGUACGUCUUUCUCAACUGCCCGGCCAUCUCCCAGCUGGAGUGGCAUCCGUUCACCAUGACCUCCGCCCCCGAGGAGGACUUCUUCAGCGUCCACAUCCGCUCGGCCGGGGACUGGACGGACAAACUGAUCGACAUCAUGCAGUCGCUGCCGGAGGGAGCACAGGGACCCAAAAUGGGUGUGGACGGCCCCUUUGGCACAGCCAGUGAGGACGUAUUCGACUAUGAGGUCGCCAUGCUGGUUGGCGCCGGCAUCGGAGUCACUCCCUUCGCCUCCAUCCUCAAAUCCAUCUGGUACAAGUUCAAGAUCUCCAACCCUAAACUGCGCACCAGAAAGAUCUACUUUUAUUGGCUCUGCCGGGAAACACACGCCUUCGAGUGGUUUGCUGACCUCCUGCAGGGCCUGGAGAGUGAGAUGGAAGAGAGAGGAAUGGCGGAUUUCCUCACCUACAAACUCUAUCUGACUGGAUGGGAUGAUAAUCUGGUAAAUACUGAGAGGAUUCGCAGCGAUGAGGACACAGACGUCAUCACUGGGCUCAAACAGAAAACUCACUACGGCCGACCCGUCUGGGACAAGGAGUUCGAACAAGUUCGCAAAGAGAACCCCACAUCUGUGGUUGGAACUUUCCUGUGUGGCCCCGCAGUUCUUGCUAAAGUCCUGGAGAAGAAAUGUGCCAAAUACUCAGACGUGGAUCCUCGAAAGACCAAGUUUUACUUCAACAAGGAAAAUUUCUGAGUCAUAAAAAACAACAGGGAAACGUUGUCUGGGCCUUUUGAAAGUGAACAGUGGGCGGAGAGCUUCUUUCACCGUGGAUUACAGUAAGACAAUUAAUGAUGACAGAGCUGUGGGACAACCUGUUGCUGGGUGUGUCGUGACUCUCUACGCUGCAGUGAUAAAGAGGCGGGGCUCGUUGUUUUAUCAGCACGACUCAGGGACUUUCUUUACAUCUUUCAUCCAUGACGAAACCAUGAGUCAUGGUCUCAUUAUCCACUAUGACUCAUGGUUUAUACGGUCAGUUACACUCGCUCACUGCAUCAUUAACUUUAGGAUACAGGUGAAGGCCCUCGUAGUUCCUGAGACCUCUAUGAAGGUUUUGACUCCAUAGUGCACUUGUUGUUAGGGCUGUACCGAAUGCUUUAUUCUGUUUAGAUUUGAAGCUUCUAUUGGAUUAAACAACAGUGGCGGUUCUAGACCAGUUUUACUGUGGGGGCCCAAGGAGGGGCCAGUGUUUAAUCAGAGGGGCACAUUGAAAAUCGUCAAAAAUUAUAUUUUAGCUAUAAUAAAAGGUUUUGAAUGCUUAAAGUCUCAUAUUUGGAAGAACUACAUUGAUUGAAGCAAUGAGACUUACCAACAUUAACAGUUAUUUUUGUAUGACAAUGACAUUUCUCAUUUUUGUGCACAAUUACUUUCUUUUAUUUUGAAAGUGCAGUACAGUGAGAAUUAUCUUUAUAUUUAGCUUUUAUUGCACAAUUAAACUAUGUUACAAUGUACACAUUCUGGGUUCCUUUUGUGUACAAUGAGAUAUUGUUUGAACAAAAAAUAGGUCAGAAUUGGUCCAUUGUUCAUCAUUAUAAAUUGAUCAUUUUAUUAUUAAUUUGACACAGGGGCCACAACAGGGGCCAAGGGCUUCUUCACAGGGGCAGUGGCCCCUGGAGGCCCCUGUGUAGAACCGCCACUGUUAAACAACUUAGAAUUUUUUUUCUAUCCAUCAACUUUCUAAAAAUAAAUACAUAUGCAAAAAAGCUGCAGAGCAUUUAAAUGUCAAUGUUAUGAAUGAAGCUUCAAACUAUUCGGUACGAACCUACUUGUUGUUUGCACAUCAUGUGGAAAAACUACCUUUUUUUGCACUAAGAUUAACUUUUGAAUGAAGGCACUACACAAUUUAAUGCUACGGGUUCAUUUCAUACUUUAUAAUCCACCACUGCAGCAGCUCUGCUUCAGGCUGCAACCAACCAUUACUUCCAAAAUCCCAAGUUUUCCC